CCCCGCCAUCGUCGGCGUCCCUCCCUCCCUCCCAUUCCACGGAUUGCUGAAGAUUAUCAGCCCGCUCCUCCUCCUCCUCCUCCUCUUCUUCCCACCUCCCCCCUCCCACAAAUCAACAACACCCCCGCGCAAAGCCGUUCCCGCCCGUCCGCCCGCCCGCCACAUCCAUCAUGUCCCUCAAGGGCCCGACCCCCCAGCAGCACGACGGCUCCGCCCUGCGCGUCGCCAUCGUCCACGCGCGCUGGAACUCGACCAUCAUCGAGCCCCUCGUCGCCGGCGCAAAGGCCAAGCUCCUCGCCUGCGGCGUCAAGGACGCCAACGUCGUCGUGCAGUCCUGCCCGGGCUCGUGGGAGCUUCCCUUUGCCGUCCAGCGGUGCGUCGUGUGCCGCCUCUGAUUCCUGCCUUGCCUUGCCUUGCCUUGCCUGCCUCUCUCCCUCCUCUUCCCAACUUGACCUUCGCUUUCUCCUCGCGCUCCUCCCUUAUCUAUACCUGCGUAUGAUAUGAUAGAUAAUAUGCUGAAACCUUCCCCUACGCCCUUCAGCCUCUUCUCCGCCUCGCAGAUCCAAUCCUCCUCCACAGGCGCCGGCCCCUCUGCGACCGACCUCCUCGCCUCUUCCACCGCCGACCUGACCUCGACCACCACCACCUCCUCCUCCCUACCCGGGGGAGCCGCCGCCUCGGGCCCCUUUGACGCCAUCAUCGCCAUCGGCGUGCUCAUCAAGGGCGAGACCAUGCACUUCGAGUACAUUGCCGACGCCACCACCCAGGGCCUAAUGCGCGUCCAGCUCGACACGGGCGUCCCCGUCAUCUUCGGCGUCCUCACCGUCCUCAACGACGACCAGGCCAAGGCCCGCGCCGGCGUCGACGGCAAGGGCCACAACCACGGCGAGGACUGGGGCCUGGCCGCCGUCGAGAUGGGCGUCAAGAGGAAGGAGUGGGCGAGUGGCAGGAUUGAGGGCUAGAGUAGUAGUAGUAGAGGGGAAAUCUCAGACAAAACAUAAUUUCCUUUUGAAUAAGACUGCAACGAGAUCUACUGGC